AUGACAACCUUAAAUAAACCUAAAAAAAGGAUUGUUAAGAAACGUACCAAGAAAUUUAUACGUUUUCAAUCAGAUCGUUUUUUAAGGGUAAAUCCCAGCUGGAGAAAACCAAAAGGUAUUGAUUGUCGUGUUAGAAGACGUUUUAAAGGUACAUACCUUAUGCCAAGAAUUGGUUAUGGUAGUAACUCAAUGACACGCAAUUUACUUCCAAAUGGUCUCUACAAGUUUACUGUUUCAAAUGUAAAGGAGGUCCAAAUGUUACUAAUGCAUAAUAAGACAUUUUGUGUAGAAAUUGCAGCAAAUGUAAGUAGUCGUAAGAGAAAGGAGAUUUUGCAAAGAGCUGAGCAGCUAAAUCUUACAGUAUUAAAUAAAAAUGCUCGUUUAGCUCUUGAGGAAGAUGAGUAA